AUUGGGUAUCCUGUGGUAACUAGGUAGCAGUCUUCUCAACCGUGCAAGAAUCCAACAUGGCAGAAGAAAAUUUGAGUGACGAGAAAUAUUUUAUCUCUUCGUGGCCUCCGGAGAGUGCGGUGAAUUCUAAAGGCUCGCCUUGCAAAAGAACUAAAUAUGACCAAGAUAAAGACACCGUAUUAUCGAAACAUGUUUACAUUGAAAAUUCGUCUAAAAAUAGUCGWCAAGUCGACACCGGAGAUAGAGAGUCUGAGGGUAAAUUAGUGAGAAAAGCAGAUAAAUGCGAUACUAUACUUAAUUUAAACAAAACAAAUGACAGUAAAGACUGCUUGUCWUGGGCUUUGCCUGCUCUUGCCAAAUGGUGGAAGGAAAAACAAAAAUCAUUAGMAAUUUCAUGCGAGUGGAAAAUCCCUGAUUCAAAUAAUCCGAAGACGAUUCUGCAUCACGUCUCGAGACUUCCAGAGGCAAAGCAGUUCAUGAUGGCUCAAGUUAAACAGCUUCAAAAACAGGUUUCUUCUAAGCCUGGUUGUGUAGGAAUCCAUGUUACUCUAGCUUCAUAUUAUACUAAAAUCAGAGACUUGACUAAAGCUGAGGAAGCUCUUGACAAUGCUCACAAGCUAGACCCAGAGAAUAAAGAAAUUCUUUGGAUGCAAGCAAAGGUUAGACGGGAUAAAGAUCUGCAAGAACAAACCCAAAAAUACAAGGAACUAAUGCCUCCACCAAAAUCCAAGGAUCUCAAGAUGAAAGAGCCAUUGAAGGUUGAGCGACGUCAUCACUCCACCCUUGAUGCAAGGGAGUUCCUGUUUAAGUAUGCUCUAACUGGCACACCCAUUAUAAUCACUGGACUURUUGAAAGCAUGACUGAAGAACGCUGGACAAUACAGUACAUAAAAAAAGUACUUGGUCAUAAAAAUGUUCCCUUGAAAAAAAGAGUAAAGGAGUCAACAGAGUGGGCAAAGCUUGAACAUCAUGGCACCAUGUCUGUAGAAACUUUUAUUAACUCCUUACAUGACGAUAGAAAACCAAGUUGCCUGUUUGAUUGGAGUCUGUCGACCUUYGCACCAGAACUGGCCAAGCAAAUCACAAUCCCUAGAUACUUUGCUUCAGAUUUUCUGCAGAGAACUGAAAAGAGCUCAAUGUACCAAGACAGUUGGCCUAGUUUGUUUAUUGCACCAGRAGGAAUGAUAACUGAUUUACAUGUUGAUUCAUUUGGAUCCAACUUUUGGAUGGCACUUUUUGAAGGAAGAAAAAGAUGGACAUUUUUCCGCAAAGAAGAUCUUCCCUGCCUUUAUCCUCACUGUGACCAAGACUUUAACAUUGUCUUUGAUGUGGAUUUUUCAAACCCAGACCUUAAAGACUUUCAUCUCCUUAGCACMGUUACUCCUAUCCAGUGCAUGUUGRAGCCAGGGGAAAUUCUCUUCGUCCCACAUGGAUCACCACACUAYGUUGAAACACUUGAAGACUCGCUGGCUGUAUCAGCUAAUUUCAUUGACCUCUCAAACUAUAAGAGUGCUCUUGAGGAAUUAAAGGUUAUGGGCAUUAUUGACCCACAAGCCGAAAGUUUGUACAACCAACUGUCUGAUGAUAACUUUCCCACAAAAAUGUGGAGUGAACAGAAGGAUAUGAAAUGGGAGCAGUUUAAAGAAUGGCCACGGGAUGACUAUGAGAUGUAUGAUAUCGACUUAGUGGAUUGCCGAGAGUAACCCAGUCUUAUGAUAUGCAGAAGCGAUUGUCUUCUAUUUAAUUAAGAGCUCUAAUAAUCCCCAUAGGGUGUGAUAAGAUUGGACCCUGYUUAAAUGGUCAAUAUUUUCAAUAUAUGAAGAAAUAUUUUAAAAUGACUAAAAUGGKAAAUAUAUUAAAUAUAUUAACUAAAUAUAUUAUUGCUACCAGUAUUUAAAAGGCAAAAAAUCAGGGAUUUYAAGAUGGGUUAAAAGGAACGUCCGUGAUUUAAAAAAGAAAUAUCAUUCUUUAUGGAAAAAUGUGUACUGUGUAUGGUAUUAUUUAACAGAAAAUUACAUCACAUACCUUAUAUAAAUCUGGGAGUGCACAUAAUAAACCCAUGAGAAUUACUAUAAAUUAGUGGUAAAUAGUUGAGUACUAGAGUGCAAUACCAUAUCUCUGUGAAAAGUUAACUAAUAAAAUUGUUCAAUUUAGGGCAAAGUUUUGUAGGUCUACAGUUUACUGAACUUACUAGACAACUAAUUUGUGCAAAUUUGUAUGAUUUCUUACGAAGUUUUUCAUGGAUAUAUGUUAUAUUGUUUUGUACAAUUUAGUACUUAUAAUUUAGUUUUUAGUGCAUUUUAACAGGUUUAUUUUGACAUUUCACUCUAGGCUAAAAUACAUUUUAUGUGCAGGGUAGGAAAAUAUUCAAUGUUGUGGCAUUAUAUUUACUGCAGCACAACACGCAAAAGUGACCACAUUUAACGUUAAACUGACACAUUUCGAUAUGAAUCUGGCUGGUUUUACCAAAUAAGGCAUGCAAACACUUGUUUGGUGGUAAAAAGCCAGUGAUUAGAAGUAUGCAAAUAAAUUAAAUGUGGUCAUACUUUUGCAUGUGGUGCUGUAACAGAAAGGGGUUAGUUUAGAUAAUCGGAGAUAUUUUGGUCAUAUAUUAUUGACUGUAAACACAAUUAUUUUGAGACAGCAGGAGUACUAGUGGGUUUGCUUUAAGCUCAACAUUUCUGUAAUCCUGUACAUUUACRACAGAGGAGUGUAAUUCAUGUUUCUAUUUUGUUUAUGCUCGGAGUAAAGUUUUAAUGUCCUAGACAUUUUGCUUGAAGCGUAUUUAAUGAAGUCGAGCCGUGUUGUUAAAUAUUGUGCAACUUAUCAGAAAUAAAAAUCAUCAUUCUGUGGAA